AGUGAAGGUGAACCAACAGUAGAUCUGGAGAUGAGAUGCCCCGAAGGAAAACUUCCCCCAGCUCCGUUUACACUGACAGAUGUGCAAAAGAAGAUAGCCGACAGCCGCCUAUCAUCUUUAAAAGUUCCCCCCAAAUUUUGGUGAAGUGCCAGACACACUUUUUACUAGAAUUUGUGGGGGAAUUAAAUCACACACAUGGCAACAGUUGUACACCAGCGGAGCCCUACGUUAUUGCCUCCGAGGAAUGCUUGGGGAAGCGCAAAGAACCACCUUGUGCAAUUUUCUAGUUGGGCUGGAAACCCUUUUCAAAUCACCAACGGAUAUGGCAACAAUUAACACCACUGAACAGACAUGGCAUGUUACCUUGUGUGAGAUGGAAAGGGACUUUCCCCUGUCAGUCCAGAGCUUUGUGAUGCAUUUGAUGCAUCAUCUUCCACAAUACAUCAAGCAGUAUGGCCCUCCUAACAACUUUUGGAUGUAUCCUUAUGAGCGUUUCAAUAAGACUCUCUCGGAAUCAAUUACCAAUUCUAGAUACCCGGAACUAAGCGCAGUAAAAAAGAUGGAGGUCCAUUGGUUAGUGACCAUGUUGGAGAGUGCUGGGUUUUUGGGGCCACUUCGGAGUAGAGCAGUGCCGAAAACAUCAGAUCUUCAUUAUAUGCACUCAGGCCGCUUUAAACCAGAAGUUCGCAAGACAACCCAGCAGGAGAAAGAGGCCCUGGCGCAACUUUACCACUCCAGAUCAACGGCCAAUGAGGAUAUUCAAAUUUUUCACUAUGCGAAGAGGACCAACGGAUCGACAGAAGUGGUUUUGAGAUAUUCUUGUGUGGAUGAUCCCAGUCAGCGUGAGAAAGCAAGUCUAGUUGCUUGUCAUCUUCCCCAGGGUCAGUUUGUCGGACAAGUGCAAUACUUUUUUACACAUCAAACUGGCCUGGAUGUAAAUGAACUUUCUUAUGUUGACUGGAUAGGAAAGCCAGUAAAAUGUUCUGAUUCCCUGUUUUUCAUGGUUCGCAGGACUCCAGAUCCCGCCCCCCCCCCCCCCCCCCGUGAUUUGGGUGUCUCAACUUUCCUCGCCAUUGAUACACGCAUGGGAAGACGAUGUUCUUUGGAUACCCAAAUUUGA